UAAGAGUAUAAGGGGGUUGAAUUCCUUUUAGACAAAUGAGCUGAUUGUAGGAAUACACAGAACAACAAUUUGUUCACAUCAAUCAUGGGUUAUUUACUGAAACCUGCAAUUUAUGCUACUUGAAGUUUAAGUGUUAAUUAAACUCUUUCGACUAGAGCUUUCAAGAAAAGUGAGACAUUUUUCUGAAUUGUAACACAGAAUAAAAACAAACAGGCAUGCACUCUGUAUAUGUGUAUGGCACAGUCAAGAUUCUUUGGCAGUUUUCCAAACAACAUUGCACGAGAUAAUACCUUAAGGUCGCAAAAAAGUACAGGAAUUUGUUUCUAUUUCUUGCUUGGAUCCAAACAUGGGGCUUUGGUAGAGUAGGCCAAUAUUGAGCCAACAUGACAGACACUCUCAGACAGAUACACAACUUUAUACACAUCGCACACACACAUACAACUUGUCUGCCAGAGAACCUCUUCAGCUUGAGCAUUUCAUCUAUGAGAUAAAACAGAGCUGAAUAAGCUAGUAAGGUUGCCAACAGAGUGAGGGAAGGCAGGGAAAGAGAGAGAGAGAGGGAGUGGGAGAGGGGGAGAAAGAGUAGCGGGAGGGAGAAAGGGUGAUGAUAAAACUCCACUGUGAGCCCUCCUGCAAGCUCAGUCAGAGAGCAAAGGAGCAACUGAGACGAGUGCAACGGAGCAGGCAAAAAAAAAAAGAAAGAGAGAGACCUGCCACACAGCAAAUCUCUGCACACACUGCCUUGGACUUGAUGACUUGUUGGGACAAUCAGUAGGCAGCACUUGACUUGUGUCAGCCAGAAGCAGGAGAGCACACUGCUACCUGCAAAGUUUUCCUGUUUUGUGUGAAACCAGUUUAUACUUCAAGGAGGAGAGAAGAAGGCUGGGCGAAGAUCAGAAACUGGACCUCAUCCAUCUCCUCUUUGGCUGGGCUCACUCUGCAUCCCUGUGGGGGUAUGGUGUGCGGAUUGACAGACUGAUUUUCUAAACUGCAUCUUUUGAUGAAAGCCCAACUUUUGUGGAUCUUGCAGCUUUUCCAGUUACCACACCACUGUGCUGGAGUCUGGAUCCAGUGCUCAGUGUGAGAAACAGCGGGAGAGAGCAAGGGGGGGGAAAAAGAGAAUAUUGCCAUCCAUCUCUCACCCCCGCAGCCCACCCUCAGCUUUGGACGCCCCUCCUCUCUGUCUCUUCUUUUGCCCCCUGUGCCCCCCCCCACCCCCACCCCACUCUCUCCACUACACCUCACCCCCCAACAGAGCAGAAAGCGUGAAAAAUCUCACUAAUGGGUUUAUUUGCUGUCAGAUCUGCGCCGAUCUGUCAUUCCCUUGGACCAUUCUGCUUGACACAUUUCAUAGUUGAGUAAGCCUCCUGGCUUUCUGUCUAGAGUUAACAGUGCCCCUGCAACGUUGUGCUGGCUGAGAGCUCAUCAAAAGGGGAGCAACGGCGGCAGCAGUCAGUCUGACAGUCUCUUGGACGGGGAGUCCCUGAAGCUGCAUUCCUCUGGUCUCCUUCUCCCCGUUGGGACUUGGUGUUUUGUGUGAGCCUUGUGGGCAUCCUCAGCUCCCGUCCAAUCGCACGACCGGUCCAUCACAGAAGAUUCAGUGUUGUUUCUUCAGGCAUUCUGGUGCUGAUCAAAGGAGUGUGAAGAUGUGGUGUGGGGCUGGGCCUCUGGCUGUGGUGGCUGCAGUGUUUUGGACUCAGUGUGUCCUACUGGAUGGGGUGGAUGCCAAGAAGGAGAGAAAGAAGCCAAAGGAGGCCACCCCACAACACACAGAGACGUACAAUGCAACUCUCUCCAACAGUGAAGAGGUCGAUGGAAGCAUCAAGAUUUCUGACCACCAGAGAGUCGACCCACUGGGAUCAUGGAUGGACUUUGUCAAAAGACCCGUUGGCAACUUCCCUGGAAAGUGUCGCAAACGCAAACGUCCCCUGCCGGGCCCACCUGGUCCUCCAGGUCCUCCUGGCCCACAGGGACCUCCUGGCUCUCCUGGCGCCGAAGUGACCCAGGAAGUUCUACUCCAGGAGUUCAAAGAGAUGAUCAAAGAGGCUACAGAGAGGAGAGCAGCAGCACUCGACAGACAAAUCAGCCCCAGCCAGCUACCUACAGCUCUGCUCACCCUGGAGGGGAUGACCUCGUACCGGCGAAUAGAGGAGGCUUUCCACUGCAAGCUCAAGGGCCCUGUGGUGGUGGAUAAGAAGACUCUGGUGGAGCUCCAGAACUUUCAGACACCACCUGCUAAAGGAGCCUUUCUCAGAGGGUCGGGAAUGGACCAAUCUACUGGGAGAUUCACAGCUCCCAUCACAGGGAUCUACCAGUUCUCUGCUAACGUCCACAUUGACCACAAUGAGGUGAAGAGGAGCAAGAGUCAGCUCAAGGCCAGGGACAAUGUUCGGGUGCUGAUCUGCAUCGAAUCACUCUGCCACCGAUACACCUCACUGGAGAUGAUUGUUGGGUUAGAGAGUAACAGCAAGAUUUUCACCGUCAGCGUACAGGGGCUGCUAGAGCUACAGGCCGGGCAGUACACCUCCAUAUUUGUGGAUAAUGCAGCCGGUGCUUCCAUUACAAUACAGAAUGGUUCAGAUUUCAUGGGCAUGCUGCUUGGUGUAUAGCCUCACACAUGAACAGGGCAUCGUUCAAGCCAUCCACUGCUGCCAUUUUUUUUUUUUCUUUUUUUGUUUAAUUCAAUGGACUGCUAAUGAGGACCAUCACACAGUACCAAACGACAGGGGAGGUUUGAAGGAAGGAUGUAAGGCUGACAGUGACUUGACCUCUUGUCAGAUGGUGAAAGGACAAUGUGAAGAACUCAAGGACUGAGUUUGUUUUUCACUGUGCACUGCGACUUCCCAGAGGAACUUGGUUGCCUGUUGCUUCACCAGUAAAAUAACCUGUAUGUACAGCAGUGAAUAAGUCUCUUACAGUAUAUUUUUCAUGGUUGUCGAACGCUUUUGUGGUAAGCCAAAUAUAAAUGAUUUUUUUAUGUUCUCUGGAUAAAUAUCAGAAGAGCAGGGGAACAUGAAAAAGUGCAUUUGUGUUUUUAUGUAUACUGACAUGUUGAUGUUUUUUGUCUACAUGAUCUACACACUCAUGAACUAUAGUAAGUUUUAUCAUGGGUUAAAUCUUACACUUAAGUUAUAUGGUACAUAGACUCUGUGAGUACACUGGACAAUGGAAAUAUGCCCAAUCAACAGAAUAUGGUCUUAGAAAAACUGAUGGCUCACAUGGGUAAUUACACAAUUUGUAACAUAGCUAGCAAUGUUAGCAGAGUGGCUCUAUAUGACUUCAGUCAGACCAAAAUAGCUCAAAAACUAUUACACAGAUUGCAGUCACAUUUUGUACAGAUAUUCAUGGUUUCUAGAGGAUGUAUCCUACUGACUUUGGUGAUGCUCUGACUUUACGUUUAGCCAUUACACCAUGAUAUUUGUGGUUUUGAGUGAAGUAUCUCAACAACCAUUGGAUGGAUUGCCAUGAAAUUUUCUACACACUUCAUGUUUCCCUCAAUUGUAACCAAUGUUGACAUGCUAACAAGCUAAAUUAAGAUGGUAUAAACGGUAAAAAUUGUACCUGCUAAACAUCAGCAUGUUAUCACUGUCAUUUGAACAUGCAGCCGACGUUAGCAUUUAGCUCAAAGGACUAUUGUGCCUAAGUGCAGCCUUGUAGAGCUGCUAGCCGAGCUGUGGACUCAUAUGAUAUAUUCACAUUACAGUGGAAAAACAGGGGUCUUGCGCUAUGCGUUGUGCCUGUGUGUUAGCGAAUGCUGUACUAAACAGUGCCACCUUAGCUGGAAUGCUAAUGUUGGUAGCAGUAGAUAUAUCGCAGAGACUCAGUGUUUUUUUGUAACAAACCUGGCAGCUGCACCUGCCAGGUAUCUUUUUGUCUGUGCUCGAUAUGAGGUCAGUUCUUUGCUAUACACUUCUGGAAAUUCAGAAACACAAGUAAUUAAAUGUCCGUCCAUCUUUUAGGUUCAACAGCAAUUGGCUGCAAAUAUCAUUGCUGCUCAUGUUUAAGUUCAACAAAUUUGAACUCCUGGCACACCCACUCUCCGCCGAGCACACCAUGGACGUUUGUGCAGAAGCUGUUUUUCUGCGAUAAAGUGAAUAAGCCUUUAGUCUUGUUUUAAAUGUGUUAGACAAAUCUACACACACGCCUUUUGACUGUAAGAGAGCUGUAACGGAACGAUUUUUUUGGGUAGAUUAUUUUUACAGUCCUUUUUGUGUUUCCAAUUUAUUAUCUGUUCAUUUUUACUGUAUUUUAUUAUUUUCCUGACAUUUAGAUGUUUGUAAUUUAUCAUAACUGAUACACCAGUAACAUUGGAAAGCAUUGAAAUUUGAUAUUUAUGUUUGAGAAAAUGUAUCAAUCGUGUGUUGAUUUACACUCAUGUGGACUGUUGAAACCACAGAUUAUUGCAAGAAUAAAAUUAUAUCUUUUUACUAUUUUUUUAUUACCCAUAAUAUUCUGUAAUUUGAAAUUAAACUCUUUAAAAACAUUGUCA